GGCGGGGUCAGCGCCGCAGAGCUGGGCUGCGGGCUGCAGCUUCGGGCGGAGGACGCGGGGUGAGUGUGUAGAGCUGCUGCCCGUCUAGAAACCUGGAUUCCUCCGCUCCAAGGCCAGCUGGGAAGAUCCAGCAACUAAGGGGGAGGAACCACGUGCACUUCCCUUUCCGCGGCACAAACAAAACAGUUUGACAGCCUUCCCUUGGCUGAUAGCCUAGGUAAACGUGCAGUGGUGAAAUACCUGAGAGGGAAGGAGCAACAGUCAAAAACAAAAAAGGCAAUAAACUGCUGGGUUUCUGAAGGAUUCUUUUCACAAUUAGAGGAAGGAAAGGCUCUUGUUUAUUACUGGGGAUUGAACCCAGGGUCUUCGCACUGAGCUACAUCCCUAGCCUUAAAAAAAAAACAAACCCAAAAAACUGAGACAGGUUGUUACCAACUUUGUUGGCAUAAAACACACACGAAUAACGGAAUGAAAUGGAGGAGGAGCAAGUGACUCAUUUUGCAGGUCUUUGACUACCUGCGAGUCACUGAAGGACAGUACUGAAGAGCAUCUCUAAGAAACCUGAGAGGACCCAGGCAGACUUCAGAUGACCGACCUCAAGACAAGGCGACGCUGCGCAAAGUCAACAGGCUGAAGCGCGCUCCUAUGUGACGGCUGCGUGCGUAAGUACGUGUGUGCGCGCGCGUGCGCACUCUGGCUUCAACGCUGGGGACUAGUGGCUUGGUCGGCGUAAGCCCUGUUACAGGAAUCUGUUUCUGAUCAUCUGAAAUCUCAGCCAUGUGGUCAAACUGCUUAGGAAAUUUCCUAAAAGUUGCAAGCACUCAUCUUCCACAUUCAAGAUUGUGCCAGCGGUUAAUAAGAAAUAAAAGGAGGCUUUUUGGAACAGUGCCGACACCCAGAUUGCAUAGGCGGGUUGUCAUUACAGGAAUUGGUUUAGUGACUCCUCUUGGUGUUGGAACUCAGCUAGUAUGGGAUCAUCUUCUCCAAGGACAAAGUGGAAUUGUUUCACUGGUUGGUGAAGAGUAUAAAAAUAUCCCUUGCAGUGUUGCUGCUUAUGUGCCAAGAGGUUUUGAUGAAGGUCAGUUUAAUGAACAAAACUUUGUGUCCAAAUCAGAUGUCAAGUCCAUGUCUUCUCCCACCAUCAUGGCCAUUGGGGCAGCAGAAUUAGCCUUGAAAGAUUCUGACUGGCAUCCUCAGUCAGAAGCUGAUCAAGUGACUACUGGUGUUGCAAUAGGGAUGGGAAUGGUUCCCCUUGAAAUUGUUUCUGAAACUGCUUUGAUGUUUCAGACAAAAGGGUACAAUAAAGUCAGUCCAUUUUUUGUCCCUAAGAUUCUGAUUAAUAUGGCAGCAGGCCAGGUCAGUAUUCGCUAUAAAUUCAAGGGCCCUAAUCAUGCAGUAUCCACGGCCUGUACCACAGGAGCUCAUGCUGUGGGAGACUCUUUCAGAUUUAUAGCCCAUGGUGAUGCUAAUGUAAUGGUGGCUGGAGGUACAGAUUCUUGUAUUAGUCCUUUAUCUCUUGCCGGGUUUUCCAGAGCCCGAGCUCUGAGCACAAACUCAGAUCCUAAGGUGGCAUGUCGACCAUUUCAUCCAAAGAGAGAUGGUUUUGUAAUGGGAGAAGGUGCAGCUGUGCUGGUGCUGGAAGAAUAUGAACAUGCUAUUCAAAGAAGGGCCCGGAUCUAUGCAGAAGUUUUGGGCUAUGGACUCUCAGGUGAUGCUGGUCACAUCACUGCCCCUGAUCCUGAAGGACAAGGUGCCUUAAGAUGUAUGGCUGCUGCUAUAAAAGAUGCAGGUGUACAACCUGAAGAGAUUUCUUAUGUCAACGCACAUGCUACUUCUACACCACUGGGAGAUGCUGCUGAAAACAAAGCUAUCAAACAUCUCUUCAAAGACCAUGCGUAUGCCCUUGCAGUUUCCUCAACAAAGGGAGCCACAGGACAUCUGCUGGGUGCUGCAGGUGUGGUUGAGGCCGCUUUUACCACACUAGCUUGUUACCAUCGAAAACUGCCACCUACUUUAAACUUGGAUUGUACAGAACCAGAAUUUGAUCUCAAUUAUGUUCCACUAAAGGCACAAGACUGGAAAACUGAUAAAAGGUGUAUUGGACUCACCAAUUCCUUUGGUUUUGGUGGUACAAAUGCAACACUUUGUAUUGCUGGCAUGUAGACAAAUCAUGUGUAAUUAAACAUUGGCUUUUAAAUGUAAAUAUAGAAAUUACAUCUAUAAAUGUAAUACUGAAAUAUCUUUUAUCUAUGUUAAGGUUUCUCAACCUUGGCACUAUUGGUAUUGGUAUAGGAUUAAUUCAUUGUUGAGUAAAAGAAGGCUGUCUUGUGAAUUGUAGGAUGUUUAACAGCAUCUUGGUCUCUUCCUACUAGAUUCCAGUAACAACUCCUUCCUUAAUCGUGACAACCAGAAGUAUCUCCAGAUAUUGUUGGAAGACAAAAUAACCCACCCUUAAGGACAGCUGAUCUGUUUUCCUAAUAUUCUAGAUCAGACAACUUCUAUGAUAUUUCAUGUACUUCUAUCCAUUUUACAGAUAUUUAGAGAGCAGCUCCUCUUGCUAGGCAGGGUUGCUAAAUGGUACAAUUCUAGGUACAUUAUUCAGAUUAUUCAGUAUAUAGGAAGGAAUAUAUAGUUGCACGUUUUCAUCAUCAAUCAGCAUUCUUUGAGUAUAACUGUCAGCCUGAAAUGAUCUGUUUUCCCUUUAACCUAUUUCAUCCUGUUUUCUUUGUAUUACCUGUUCUGUAAUUCAGUAAAUUAAUGAAAUUUCCCUAACCCCCCAAGCUAUUGGUUCUCUGAAAGAAGGAAGUAAAAAUGAAUUGGCAUUUAUCCUGGCAUCAAGUGAUUAACAGAGAUAAAGAUUUUUGAAAUAGAAAUUGUUAGUGACUCAGGCCAUAUCUGUUCAGCCUAGCUCUUUGCAGUUAUGGUGGUAUCCUUUGUUCCUCCAGGUUUUUCACCACGAGUGCUGGUGGACCUUCUACUUUUCUGCCUUGAGGAUUUCUCAAAGCUAAAUGAUCUGGUUCAUUCCCAGAAGGCUGGAAAUGCUGGGGCGGGGAGGGCCAGGGGCUCACCAGAGGCGGCACUCAGCCAGUGAACAUGACAGCUGGUAAGUAAGAGCCUCAGCCUCCCUUUAGAGGAAGAGCUACCGUAAGGGUUGCCAGUAAGCUGGAGCUUCAGUUGCCCACGGCAUUAACCAACUCAGUAAUAUCCCCCUUACUGGCUUUUUUUCUUCCCUGUUCCUCUUUCCUGUUUUUUGUUUUGUUUUGAGACAGUAUCUUGGUAUGUAGUUCAGGCUGGCCUUGAACUGGUUGUGAUCCUCCUGCCUCAGCCUCCUGAGUGCUAGAAUUACAGGCAUGUGUCACCAUGCCCAGCUCCUCUUUCCUGAUUUUUAAUCCUUUUCCCAAACAAACCUUUUCUCAGGCUCUGCUUUUCGAGUGACUCAAACUAAGACAAAGUUUUUGUUGUAAUAGAAGUUUAUCAAUAGGAUAGAGUGAAAAAGGGUAAAUGAGAUGUGUGUAUUCUGGCACUAAUGAAUAGGAUUUUUCACAUCUUCGUAGGCCAUAUGUAUUGGCUAUCCAUUGACCUUAUAGCAUUUUAUCCUUUAUAUGUCCCAGCCAUGUGUUCACAUAGUUUUAGGGUUUAUGUCUGGAUGUCCCACAAGGGCCUCAUGCUUUCAUAGGUGGGACUUUUGGGAGGUGACUGGACCAUGGGACCAUGAUGCUUAUCUGUAGCCACUGAUGAAUAGCUAAAUGUGAUUUGGGAGCUGAAGCCUGGUUGGAAGAGGUGGAUGGCCUGGGGUAUGGCCUGAAGGGUCUCUUUCCUUCCUUUCUUGAGCCCUCUGCUUCCUGCCUACCAUGCCAUAAGCAAGUUUCCUCUGAUAUGCGACCCUGCCUUGGAGCCAGCCAGUUGUGGCCUGAAACCUCUACAAACUGUAAGCCUUUCCUCCUUUAAUUUGUAGGUGUUGGCCAUCGUGCCCCAGCGAUGAGAAAGUAAUUAAGACACAUAGCUAUGUAAUCAGCUUUAAUUCCCACUAAUAUUUAGUGGUUCAACUGAAACUUACUGCGUGCUAGCAUAGACCUGGCUUUGUACUGGUCACCAGUGAUAAAGAGAAAAUUUCAGGGAAGAUUUUCUGAAGGAAGAUGUGUAUGUAUGUGUGUACAGAUUGGUCUCAGAUUAAGGGAAAAGAUGGGAAAGGAAAGAUACUCUAGCCAGUGGGAAUUCACUGUGAGAAAGUCUAGAAGUUAGAACAUUUAUCCUAAACAUAACUAUACUCAGGAUUAGGCAAUAAUGUCAGAAAAUCUGGGGGAAGUCAGCUUUGCUAAGGCAAUAAGGUAAUGGGAGGCCAUUUGAGGUUGGAGAUGGUGUGAUAGCUUUGUAAGGUUUCAAUUUGUCUAGGUGGAACUACAUUUCUCAGCAUUCGCACUACUUUUGUUUUUGCUUAGGGUUGACCUUAAGAGGUUUCUUAUGGGAGGUUGGAGGAUGGAAGUGAAGCAACUGCUAUUUUGUAGCUGAUACAUAUUGCUUAUCUACUUCCCCUGGCUCCUCCUUUAGCUUCCCUGAUUCCUGAACUGGCAUGUGUUUAGCUCCAUCAUAAUAAAGGACUCUAGCUUCUCUCCUAUACCACAAAUGUCAGAAGAAGCGAAAAGUGACAGGUUUUGGUUGUUCUUGUGUUUAUGUUUACAGGAAACUUUACUUUUUUUUUUCCCCAGUACUGGGAAUUGAAUUCAGGACCUUGCGCUUGCCAGGCAGGCGGGCACUGCUGAGCUAAAUCCCCUGCCCAGCAGGGAACCUUACUUUUGUCUUUCUAACACUCAGCCUUGUGGACUUCAAACUCCAGCAUCAGAAGAUAGUUGAACAUAACAGCAUUACAAAAACUGUAUAGCCAGUUCUCAAAAUAUCUAAUCCCUAUAACAAAUAUCUGUAGAUUUCUAUAUCACAGUGAUUGUUUUUUUCUAAUUAAAUUCUAACUGAUAAAUGUGAAGAAUGAGAGUUGUUAGUGUGACAUACUUUACAUUUUCUUUUAGGAAAUAUAACUGGUUCCAGAGUGAAGGACAGAUUGGAGGGAAGCUUAAUUCUCUUAAGGAAAUACAGUCAGAAGGAUAUUGCAAAAUCUGAGUUUAAAAAGGUGCUGAUCUGGAUGAAGCAGAAUAUCUUGUCUCAAGUUUCUUCCAAAGUUGAAAAUUGUGUUUUAAAAAAUCAGCCUUAUCAAAGCAUUGUUUAAGUUCAAUAAAUACAUCCAUUUUCAGUGGA